CCUAUUCCAGCUUCAUUUGGUUUUCAAACAUUUGGAAUACAUUUCGGUAAUCUUAUCGUACCUCCAAUUUCAAUUUUGGCAUAACCAUGAAUACUGGUAGUGUGGAGGACCUGGAGGACCAGCGAAUUCAACUAAGCGUUCAGCGAGGUUAUUCAGCCAACGGUAGCACAGGGAGUUUCCGACGAAGGCCAAACUCAGUUCAUCCCCAGCCCAAGCGGGCAAGUGCACCAUCAGUUCCACAAUAUCCUACUUCACAAACAAACCAAAAGAAAACGACCCGUGAAAAACUUGUUCUUCUUUUGAAACCAUCGUGGAACACCAUAUUUGUAACUGCAUGUGUGCUUGCAGUUUCAUUAGAUCCCUUGUUCUUUUACAUACCAAUCAUCGAUGAGGAAAAAAAGUGCCUUGACAUGGACGUCAAGUUGAAGAACGUAGCACUUGUUCUGCGGUCCUUCUUUGAUGUCACCUUCAUAGUGCAUAUUGUAUAUCAAAUUCGUGAAGCCAUUAAAGCUGUGGCCGAGGAGUCAGAUCCCAAUGAAGAACAAGCAGCAGCAAAGUCAACCGACUGGGUUUCGAGAUUUUUCGAUGCAUUUGAACACGUUGAUGCAAUAUGGGAAAAACUGAGAUGGCGCUCUUUCAUAACUAACAUUCUUGCUGUUCUUCCCGUCCCACAAGUACUGCUUGUAGUCAUCUUUUUCAAAAUGGGUGGCCCUGGAUAUUUGGAACAUAGGAAGAUUUUGAAUUUAUUUCUUCUCCUUCAGUACGUGGCAAGGAUUUAUCGAAUAUACCUAUCGUCUGAAAAAAUUACAAAAAGUUCUGGAAUAUGGGUUAAAGGUCUAUUCAACUUUUUUCUCUACAUUCUUGCAAGUCAUGUGUUUGGAGCAUUUUGGUAUUUCUUCGCUAUUCAACGAGAAACAUCGUGCUGGCAUCGGAAAUGUGGUCGAGAUUGUCCAAGCAAUUAUACGUUUUACUGCAACAGGGAUAACGGUACAGCAACAGUUAUGCAGUCAUUUAUAAAUGGUCUAAAUACAACUUGCGCUCCAGAUGGAGACUUUGGCUUUGGAAUAUUUCGAGCUGCCCUUGAGUCUCAUAACACCGAAUCCAAAAAACUGGUAGAGAAACUAUUUUACUGUUUCUGGUGGGGCCUGCGAAACUUAAGUAAUUUUGGCACGAACCUAGAAGAAACAAGUAACUAUCCAUGGGAAAUCAGCUUUGCAAUUCUUGUUUCGGUGUCUGGUUUGCUAAUAUUUUUGUAUUUGAUUGGAAAUGUGCAGACAUACAUGCAGAUGCAAACUACAAAAGCGGAGGAGAUAAGGCAGAAGAUGAUUGUGACACAGAGAGAUUUGCAAUCGUGGAUGACCAGAAAACGUGUCCCUCCGAAGUUGCAGGAAGUUAUCAUAAAAAACAUAAAACAAAAAUUGGAAGAUAACAAAGAUGCUAAUCUGGAGAAUCUGUUCGCCGUUCUUCCCUGGGAUACUAAAAAAGCUCUCAAGCGUCAUCUCUGUCUGGAUGCGCUCAAAGAAUUACCAGGGCUUAGAGGCAUGGAUGAAAAAGUGUUGAAAAUGAUUUGCGACUAUCUGAAGCCAGUGUCGUACACCGAGAGCUACAUGUUUGCUGAAGCGGGUAGUCCAGCUGAUCACAUGAUCUUCAUUACAGAAGGCACUAUGUGGAUUCUCAAGACUGGCGAUGACAGUCAAGCUGGAAAAGCUUCGCCGUCGGCAGUGAUCCGAAAGGACCUUAAGAAGGAUGACUUUUAUGGAUAUGAACAACUUCUGAGUUGGGCUGCACCCGGUAACCUUCUCGAUUUUAAGAACCUUCCAAACUGGACUGAAAAUGUCAAAUGUCAUACAAACGUAGAAGGGUUUGCACUCUCGGCCAAGGACUUGCAAUCUGUGGUCCACAAAUGCAGAAACUUGUGGAAGUACAAUAACCCUAAUUCUCAUUAGGUGGAGGAGAGAAGCCUUGAUCAUUAGCUAGGUCAGAACCCUGUGUAAUAUAUGUACGUAGUAUAUAGGUUUGAUCAUGUGUUGUGUUUUGUUUUAGUAACUGUAACUGAUCACCCCCUGAUUCGAUCAGAUAGGCGUAGUUUGUAUUAAUUUCCAAUUCAAAUAAAGACCUCGUGCAUCUUCUCCAAUUCAA